UCAAUUCGUUUAGAGUAGUGAUCAAUAUUUAAAGUUCUGAUUGCUGAAAGUUUUCUGUCCUUGUGAGGUGGAAAUAGCACUCUAAAUAUUCAAGCUUCAUGACAGUGGGAGAACUGUUACAAACGGUAGAAAGGCAACUCGAGGAACCUGCUGUUGAUGAUCUCAGUGUGACUGACCUUGUCCAUUUGGAAAACCAACUGCAAACUGCUCUAAUGCAAGCCAGAUCUAGCAAGACGCAUUUGAUGAUUGAAUCUAUCCAAAGUCUUCGCGAGAAGGAAAAACUGCUGAGUGAAGAAAACAAACAUCUGGAGAAGCAGAUAGCUACGACGAAGAACAAGAGAGAAGUGAACAAUGGGAUGGCUUUAGAUUUCACUAACCUUACACCAGCCAGCAUGAAUUGUCGGCAGCAAAAAGCGACCCUGAAUUUCCUCUAGUUAUAAUUCAGGAAAGGUUUCCUGUUGAGGCUCAACUGGAACAACUUGCCAAGGUUAUCUGGUGCAUCUUUACUUUGUAAAUUCCCAUUAAUUGUACCAAGUGUCCUGCUGUACCUGAAACACUGCAAAUAAGGAGUUUCCAGAAUUAAUAAAAGAUAUUGGUGUAAUCUUUAAAAAUAAGUAUUUGAAUAAUGUUCAUCUGUAAGACCAAUUAAUUGGUUGUGAGCGUGAUGAGUUCUUUCCA